GUUGACGGAAGUGAUGUAAUUUUUUUUGAACAUUUAUCGCGCUGAAAGUCUUGAAGUCAAUCGCAGGUCUUCUGUACUAUAACCGCGGGGACUUGGAUCAGUUUAACGCAGUGUUUGUGCGUCCUGAUGGCCCAUGGGAAGAAGCUGUUUGUCAGUCUGCUGGUGUGGGACUUUAUUGACCUGAAGCGUCUCCCAGAGGGCAACAGAUCAAGCAGGGUGUGAGGGGUCUCCUGUGAUGGCCUUGGUUCUUCUGAGGCAGCAGGAUGUGGAGAUGUGUUCCAGGGCACUAUGAAGAAAGCGGAGAGAGCUCCAGUUAAAGAUACAGGGAUUCCCACAUACCCUCAUUUAGCAGCUAAGAAGGCAAUGGUCAAGACCGACACUGAGACUAUGAUUAGGAAGAACCCAGUGAAAAAUCUCAAAGGGCCUUCAACAAGAUAUGGCCACCAAAGUGAUGUAAAGGAACAAAAUCGUCUUUUGGUGGUAGCGAAUGAAGAUUUGCAGAAACAGAUUUCAGAGUUGAAGGAAAACAUGUCUGUAUUAGAACAACGUUGCAGUGAUCUUCAAGAAAACAACAUUGAAAUUAAGAAACAGCUUAGAGACUGUCAUGCACUUCUCAUUGCAGAAAACCUUGAUCCAGUUUCAGGGGAGAAAGUUGGUGAAGCAGCAGAGCGGAGAGCAGGACAAAGAAAAGAACUCAUGACAAUUUCCCAGAAACUUUUGACUGAGCUAAAGCUGUUUGAUGAUUUUACCAAAGAGCACAGAACACAUUUAACAGAGGUGCAGAACACCAUGAGAAGUCUUAAAGGAGCCAGGGAAAAGCUUCACCUGGAAAGAGAAUCAUUUUGCAUGAAUGCUGAGAACAUGGAGAGAGCACUAGAGGAUGCAGAGAGGCUGUUGAUCGAGUAAAAAUACAGUCUUUGAGAGAAGGAGGAAUUUUUGGUUUUGGUGAUUUUCAUGAAUAAAGAAAUGUUGUGGGAUAUGUUUACAGAUUUAAUUUUGAAUAAAGACAUACUGAAAAUAGA